GUUGGUGGGUCGAGACGCGGCGGGCGGUUGAACCCUCGACCAGCCGGUGGAGAUGACUUGAACAGCGGCUGGAAAAAAAGGACAGUUUCCUCCGCUCUUUUAAGAUUUAUCGGACUAAUAAUAAUGCAAGAAGACUCAAAAUGCUCAAAGUGGACUUGUUAUUUCACGCCAGCUCCGACUUAGUCAACUGUUGAAGUCCGUGAAGGCAUCAUGGCAAACGUUAAAGUGGCCGUCCGAGUCCGCCCUCUCACCGCAAGGGAGAGCGCAGAUGGAGGAAGGCUAGCAGUUCAGGUGGAGGACAAGCUUGUAAGGAUCAAAAAUGUAAAGCUGGACGGACGUACAGAUGGUGCUGUGGACUCGAGGGAGAAGCUUCUGGAGUUUUGUUUUGACUAUAGCUACUGGUCAGUGGACCCUGCAGAGCCUCACUAUACUUCACAGGAGGAGGUGUUCCAGGACCUGGGUGUGUCGGUGCUGUCCGGAGCCUCCGAGGGCUACAAUGUGUGUCUAUUUGCUUAUGGCCAAACAGGAUCUGGAAAGACAUACACCAUGAUGGGGACACCGGACUCUAUUGGCUUGACCCCUCGGAUCUGUCAGGGUCUCUUCAGGUCUGAAGACACUUUUCCUGACGGGCAAAACUCGAGCAGAGUGGAAAUUAGCUUCCUGGAGAUCUAUAACGAGCGUGUACGAGACCUGCUGAGAGGAGGAGAGCAGAAGAAGAGGGCCUCCCUAAGAGUUAGAGAGCACCCAGAGAAAGGACCCUAUGUACAAGACCUGUCACAGCACCUGGUCUCAGACUGCAAGCAGGCCCUGGACCUUUUGGAGGAAGGCAUUGCCAACCGAAUCACGGCAGCAACUCACAACCACGAUGCCAGCAGCAGAUCCCACGCCAUCUUCACCAUCCAGUACACACAGGCAAUCCUAGAAAAUAACCUUCCCUCAGAAACUGUCAGCAAGAUUAACUUGGUGGACUUGGCUGGCAGUGAGCGAGCAGACCCCCACUACUGCAGGGACAGACUGACGGAGGGCUCUAACAUCAACAAGUCGCUCGUCACUUUGGGCAUUGUCAUAUCGGCUCUUGCCCAGAACUCCCAGAUGUCCAGCAGCUGUCAGAGUAUCAACAGCAUGGCCUCUGAGGGCGACGGCAGCACGGUGGGAAGCCACAGCAGCUCCCUGUCUGGAGGAGGAGGAGGCGGGAGGAGGCACUGCUUCAUCCCCUACAGAGACUCGGUCCUAACCUGGCUGCUGAAAGACAGCCUGGGCGGUAACUCCAAAACCAUCAUGAUUGCAACGGUCUCGCCUUCUGCUAACAGUUACAACGAGACCCUCAGCACCCUGCGCUAUGCCGCCCAUGCCAGAAACAUUGUCAACAAGCCUCGGGUUAAUGAGGAUGCCAGUGUUCGACUCAUCAGGGAACUGAGAGAGGAGAUUGACAGGCUGAAGAGCAUGCUGCUCAGCUUUGAAAUGCAGCGUAAUCCCAGUCCAUCCCUGAGUGAUGAGAGAGAUGGAAAUCUUUCUGACAUCGUGCUGCAGAACGAACUGAAGGUGGAGCAGCUGACUAAGGACUGGUCAAACAGCUGGAGAGAUAAGAAGGAGCUGCUGGAGCAGUACAGUGUGGACAUUAACCGAGACCGGGCCGGGUUCCUCAUAAACUCGCUCCAGCCACACCUGGUGACUCUGGAUGGAGAUGUUCUGAGCACCGGGGUCGUCUUCUAUCACCUCAGGGAAGGAGUUACCCACAUAGGACCUCAGGAACAGUUUGAAGAACCACAAAUAGUUCUACAGGGCAGUGCCAGCUGUGAGAUUGAAAACCACGGAGGUGUGGUGACACUCAGACCUCUGCAGGGCUGCGUCUGCCUGCUCAACGACAGAGAGGUCACUGAGCCCUGCAGACUGGCUCAAGGGACGGUGAUCACGUUGGGAGGAGUGCAUAAGUUCCGCUUCAACCACCCAGCAGAGGCAGCCGUCCUCCGGGAACGCAGACGGGCCAGUGAAGGUGGAAUGACCUGCAGCUACAUUGACCUUUGCCCUUCAACCCCUGACCACAGUGCUGAAGAAGUGAAACUCCAAGGCCAGCUGGGUGCCUGUCUCUCCCCUACCGAGGAGCCUACUGCUAGGCAGCGUGUGGAGGAGCAGCAGCGCUACGUGGAGAGUUUGCGUCAGGAGAUUCAGGCUGAACAAAGAAGGGCUGAGAGAGAGCUGGAGAGGGAGCAGGCCCACCUCCGUCAGCAACACAGUGAGAUCCAGCAGUGGAUUUUACAGGAGAAACGACACCUAACAACUGUAGAGCAGCGAAUCACUCAAGAGUCUGGGGUUCAGACGGACCUUAUCCCCUCACCCCUUCUGGAGCGAGAGGAAAGUGAGGCGUCUGAGGAUCAUGAAUCUCAAACGGCAGAUCAUCUAUCACGGGUGGUAAGGGCCAGGAAGAAGUCAGUGCAGGAGGAACUUUUAAAACACCACGCCCUUUGCCGCUCAGAGAGCCGCAUCCGUCGUAAAAAGUUGCACUACCAGCUGGAGAGAAUUUCCCGCAAGCGGCAUCUGUUGGAAGCUAAGAAGGAAUUGCAGCAGCUGGAGAAGGCUCUGCCUCAGGGACCAGAGAGCCCCGAGUCUCCUGAGCUGGGGUCCCCCACAAAGCCCAGAGGAAGACCAUUUGUAUCUCGUCGGCACUCAUUCUCUGCAGAUCUUCUGUCCCGGCUCUAUCCACAGAACAGCCCUAUCUUCAGACACUUCCUCAAGAGAAACAGAUCCAUAGAACUGCCGUCAAAUCCCUCCACAACCUCUGAUUACAUCUGCAGCAGAAAGUGGGUUUCGGACGAGUGUCUUCCUCGAGAAAGAACCCAGAGUUGCUCCGGUAGGCUUUUCUCAGGACAAAGUCAAGCCUGCCGAAGUAGAGUAAGCUCCUCUGAAAACAUCAGACAAACCGUCAAAGAGGAUCCCCAAGCUCAGCCCUGCAGGGAGCGACCAGAAAGAAAACCUCUGCUGCCAAACCGAGACCUGUCUUUUAAGAACAGAUCAGAUCAGAACCCAGUGGUUAGUCUGAAGUCUCCACUUGGACCUGCUUUGCAGCCAUUUAGCAAAGAAAAUAUACAGGAACCCACAACACACAAAACCACUUCUCAGAUUGUCCCUUGCACGAAUGAGACAACUCAACCCCACACAGGUAACACAGGACUUGAAACCAUCAGGAAGACUUUCUCCCGUUCAGUUGGGCCCAGGUUAAAAACAGCUCUGUCCAAAGUGUUCAGAAAACCACCACCCAGUGUGAAUGGAGGACGAGCCCCCAAACCUCUGGGAAGGAUAGCAGGCAAAUUUCACUGGAGACAAAGAAGAGACAGAAGCCUUAAAGAUACCAAGAUGAGCCGAAGCAAAUGUGCCGUUAAAACAGCCGUCUCAUGUGAGGAGCUUGACCACAGGACUCUGUUUGAGGAUGUUAAACAGAGGCGAUGGCAUAGCACUGAGGCUCUGACGAACAAGACUGGCAGAUGGGUCGAGAGACAGCAGGGAUUGAUGGGCUGGGAGGAAGAGCAAGAAGAAAGAGAUGAAGGAAUGUCAGACUGCGAGAGCCUUUUCUCUCUCGAUUCGCUCUCCUCUGCCUAUAUGACAGCCCUGGCAGAGCAGCUGAGACACGAGGAAGCAGCUCACAGUGAAGCAGAGAGCGAAGACAGUCAGAUGUCUAAAGAUUCACUGACUGUGGAGAGCAGCGGGAGAUACUCGACGGUGGAGAAAUUUAACCAAAGAGUGGCGCCAACGUACUCAUUGGUGACAGAUUGCUCACAUUCAUCCGUGCGGCACAAUGGAACAGCAGAGAAGAGUGUAGACUGGGACAGCCGUCAGAAACCUCUGGUAAUCCCAGCAGAGGCGUGUUGGAGCCAGCAAGGUUCCCCAAAAUCAAGACACAGUGGUGCAACAAGAAAACAUUGUUCCCACAACCCAGUUGUAGCAGAUUCCAGAGGCAGAGACCCUGUACAGAAAUUGAUUGAGGACUCUGGGAACAUGCAGACCACUUCCACCAUCAGCCCACGCUCCCUGAGCAGCUGCAGUGUGCAGAGGGAGCCAGAAAACUUGCUGGCACUCACUGAUGCGUGGUCCUCCACUGACGCAGCAGACAGUCCCAGGAUUCACAGGGAUUCUCUUCAUUUCCAAAGAAAGAUUAUGCUCAGAGGUGUAGAGAGCAGCAGCAGCAGCAGCAGUCCCAGUCCAACCAGUCUGAACCUCUCAGACUGUCAGAGCGGAUCUAGAAGCUAUAGCUCGAUGUCCACCAGCACUGAAGGUGUAACCGUGCAGGAACACAGUGGAAUUUCAAGGGGCACAUCAGAUUUUCAAGACUCUCAGAUUCAAACGACAUCAAAUGAAUCACUAAAGGACAUGGGAUGUUCUGCAGAGCAAUCAGAGGGACUAGUAGAAAAUAUGGGGAAGGCCGUUUUAGACAUUCCAAACUACAACAACAUCCAAAGUCCAGCAUCCGGACUGACCUUUGAUCAAAAUACUUGUGUAUCACCAACUGAGAUCCACCACACCAAACAACAAGCAUCACAAGUAAAACAGGCGUUCACAGAUGUACCUGACAUGGUGGCUGCCGACACUAUAAUGUCCUCUGACACUGAAAUCUGCACGUCAGUAAUGCAUUUUUCUUCAAGCCAAGUGGACAAGAUGUCUGACACUACAAGUACCUUCAAACCACCCACAGAAGAUGACAUACUAUGCAGGCUAGAUGGGGCAGAAAAGUUGAAAAAUACACAGCAACAUGAGUUUGGAAACACGAAAUGUGUAACAAAGGCCAAAGUGUUGGAUGAGGCUGAAACCAAAGGCACUGAGCAGUACAUGGCACGACAACAGGAGCUUGUUAAAUCCUCUUGUAAAAAUUCCAGGAAGAGGAACAAAGAGCAACAGGAUGCUUUCAUUGGCAGCCUGAAAAUUCCAAAAAGGAGCAACAGCAGAGAGUUGGUAACUUUCUGCUCUGCAUCAGACAGCAGCCAGGAAGAUAUUUGGCCCGAUGACAAUAAUAACACCAGUGACUCAAAAGGGGAAUCUGCCGUGGAAGCUGACAGUCCCGGAUUUGAUUCUGUUUGUGUUGAUGGCAGAAUUAGACAAGACAGAUUGGCUUCAGAGGAGUCGCCAGUUCCUCGUCCCAUGAGCAGGAAACUUGGACAGAUCUUUGACUCUGAAUGUGCCGGCAGCAGUCCUCAGAGUUUUACCUCUGCGGGAGAGAGUGAAGUCGUUGAAAAGAGAGAUGUAACAAUAAAGGAAGUCGCUGCAGGAGGGGAAUCACAAAUUGAUAACCCCAGACGAAAACAUCAAGAAAGUAGAAAACACAUUAGCAAGUCAGAUGCUAUUUGUAGUGCCAUUGACCUCAGAAUCUCAGAAGUGGUCAAAGAGCACCUGAGAUUGUCUUUGAUUGGCAGCAAAGAUGACAGAAAGAGCAGGAGUCAAAGCAUGAAUGUGUUGUCAUCCUCUGUGUGUCAUGUUGGCUGUAAUACUGAUGAAAAUGGGACAGAAAAAGAGCUGAGAGAUAAACCGAGUGAUCAGGUGAAAGAUGGAGCAAUUCUUAAUGAGCAUGUUUCAUUGAACAGGAUUACAAGUGAAAACACAGUGGACAAAAGAGAAUGCCCACCAUCAGCUGAAUCGAGGACAAGCCAAGACAGCAACAUGCUUAAAUCUACUGAUGUAUCCCAGAUGGGCCACUUUUUUGGUGUGACACCAAACACGCAAGUGAACAGUAAUUUUGUUUUACAAACGUCGUCUGCCAUCAUCCAAUCAAAUCUGAGCAGAAAGUCUGAGCACUCUGGAAACCCCACUUUGCAACCAAUUAGCUUGUCCUCAAUAAGCGAUUCCUCCAUUGACUCUCAAGAACAUGCUGUGGAGAAAGACGCCUUGUGUCAAGGAAUAAGCGAUUCAGGUAAACAAAAAGUAACAUCUCCUCUUCAUCCUUUUAUUAAUGAUACAUGCUUGGUUGACUCGAUCAGCUGUUUGGAUACCCCUGCUGAACUUCACCAAACAACUCAUGAAAUGCCUUCCCCCAUGGGUGAUCCAAAGGAAAGCUGUGGCUGUACUCUUCUAAAGGAUAUAGGGAUGGAAGCAACAUCCAGUGUUGAAGCUAAAGAUGCGUACAAACCAAAUGCGCCACGGACGAUUCAACAGCAUAUUGAAAAUAGUCCAGACACAUCCGGAGCCAUAGAUUUAUUAUCUAAUGGAGAAAGUCCUCACAGCAACCAGAAAACACCCACUAAUGAGAUUGCUUCUCUGAGAGGGUCGCCUUUUUCUCCCGGUCAAGAUGGAAAUGGUGAAACACAAAACUCAACAGGAGGUUGUGUCACAGCACAGGAUGAGCUCAGCUGCCCACACACACGUCCAAAUAACUUGGCUCAGACUUGUGUGGUCAAUAUGAAUUACGACAGCAAAUGCCAAAAUCUAUCAAAUUCUCUGUGCAAAUUUGUUGCGAAUGCUCAAAUUGACUGCAAAGAAGACUGUGUAUUAUUAAAAAAUGACAAAGAGACUCAGAAGAUCUUUGCAGAGACAAAUUAUGAAGCAAGUAUUUCUGGUUCUAUGAAGCCACAACACAAAAUACAACAGGGGAAUGCUGUCAGAAAUACAAGUUCUUAUAGGUCUGUGAUGUCCACACAGACAUCUGUGGAGCUAAACACAACUGGUGAUAAACAAGAUAAUUCUGCUAUGGGGUCUAAAAAGGCCAAGUCUAAGAGGUUCAGAAAGUCUAAGAUCCAGACUCAUCCCACCUCGUCAUCUGAGUCCUCUUUUAAGUCAUCAGAUGAGGACGACAACAUAACCACCCGAGUGCAUCACAGCCGGCUCUCCUCUAAAUGGGUGAAGCUUGGUGCUCAGAAUAAUGGCAAACAAGAAGUCAGACAGGCUGCAGAUAUUUCUCCAAUAGUGUCAGCAAGCAAAUCUAAAAUUAAGACUUCUUCUGGAGGUAAAAGUGAAGUUAAAGUUAGUAGAGAUUACGCCCAUAAAAGACACUCUUUACCCCCUCAAGCAAUGUCACAAAGGACCAAUGUAAAAAACAUCAUCCCGUAUGCAACAAAUAGAGAACAGCAGGACUCUCCGAUGCAUUUCGCCUCCAGUGACAUCAACCCUUUUGUUCACCAGUGGCAAGACGAUGACUCAAACCAACACAGUUAUAAGAACCCGGCGUUUGGAAGUGCUGCUGACCUGUCCUGCAAAUCUCCACUACUGAACAGCGCUGAGAAACGUAUAACAAGAUGCUGCAGCGUUGACGAUGGUUUGAACGGGCAGAACUCGCCUUUCUAUUCCCAUUUGAGCACUUAUGCCACCAACAAGGGGCUCUCUAGUACGCUCAGCAGUAUGGAGGAUUAUAAGGAGCAAGGGAACCAAACACCUCAGCUCACGCCCUGCCAACAGGCAUCUGUUGAUAUUCACAAUAUGUCAGUGACUGGCAGUUCUUCAAGUAAUAAUGCCCCUGGUGAUUUUGGUAACAACUCCAGUCGGGUGGAUGAAAUUAUGUUUGUGUACUCGUCCGAGCAAGAGUCCCAGGCGAAACAAAAGGCUCAAAGAAGGAGAACAUGCGAGCAUGGUACUCAAACUGAGCACGGCCUUCAGAAGGUAAAUAUGGCAGACAGCUGUAGUGCCCCGAAGAGGAGAGAGCGACACAAAAGGAGUAACACUGAUGUACCUGCAACACAGAAAACCAAAGUGGACAUUAAAGAAUCUCCAACUUGGGCCAGUAUGGAGAGCAUGUCGGCUCAUAUCUCAAAGCUGAUCGACAGCACCUCGGACCUGCUGGGGGACGUCCAGGGAAUGAGAACAGACGAAGCCCUCACGUCCAGUCUGAGGAGGAGUGUCAACAUGUCAAAUAUCAGCAUCUCUUACAGUGAGUCUAAUGACUGCACACAGAGAGACUGCUCAACUCAAACAGCUGUAGAUGUUGGAAUCCAAACAGAGAGAUCUUCCACACCAGCAGAGAAGGAAAACGCACACAGCGAAAGGCCCAAAUCUCAUGAAGUCAAUGUGAUAGUCAAAGUAAUUGGCUCUGAGGUUGUCAGCAUGUCUCAAAAGAAGAAUGUGCAAUGUGCAGGGAAGAGUACAGAUGAAAAGCAGAGCAUGCCUGACACCUCUUCUGCAGCACAAAGGUCUGUCACACAAUCAGAAAAGGGCCCUUUAAAAACCGCAGGUGAAAGUCAAAGACGGGUGAGAUCUGCUCCGUCUAGAGGCUCAAAGCAAAGCACAACCGAGGCACUGUGCCACAGAAGUGUUGCACUGUCUGAAGUCUCUCGCAGAUCAUCAAAAAACAGCUACCAAGAAAAUCACAGUCCGUCUUCAAGAAACGACCCAUUACUUUCAGUAAAGAAGCGAGCUACAUACACAGACCGUGCAUCAUCUCCCAUACUGACUGUGGCGACAAGAUUACGUGUGAAGCAGAAAGGAAACCAGUCAACACUAAAUAAACACCAUCAUUGUGAGAGCCUUACCGUGUCUUCUAGCAAACAAUCAGCUUGCACAACUCUUUCAGGGGAUGAUCGCACACCCAGAAAGGGUUGUGAUGUUUCCUCUUGUACAUCAGAAUCUGUAUCACUUGAGAAGGUGAGUGAAAUCAGUUGCCUAAGCCCUAAUGAUAUGUGCUCUGUAAGUUCAUCACUGGAUAGGUAUACAAACACUGACGGGAGAAAUUUUACCCAUAAAGACUCCAAAUGGCAGAUGAGCUCUCAGCAGUGGCGGACUUCUGAUUCAACAAAAGGUUUAACUAUGCAGAACCACAUCUCACCCGUUUUAAGACCGACUGAUGUGCACAAACAGCAGGCUAAAGCUGGACAAGGGGAAACAUCAAGCCACACAAGACCUACAGGUGAUUCUGUAGACUUCUGCAUUGAUUCCUACAGACCAUCCCCUGUCAGCAACAGGACUGAUCGGCUGCAAGAGGACGACAUGGUGUCUCUGGCACCCAGUGAGUGCAACACAGACAUCCUCGUGAACACCGAACCAGUCACCAGCGUGUCCCUGUGUCAAGACCACCAGAUAGCUCCAGAGGAUUUGCCCGUUCACAAUAAGUUCAGCAACUGGUCAGGCAUCGACUCUCAGCAAUCAAAACACACCACUUUUCUCACCAAAGAGCACGACAAGAGCAGGAAUAGCGCUGAGUGGGGCGAGAUGGAGAGCUACGGCUCCAACGUAGAGUCCACGGGGCAGAUCGACAGGAGGGCGAGGGAGAUAGAGAGGCUGCGACAGGAGAGAGAGCAGGUGAUGGCGACGGUCAGCCUCAACAUGAACCCGACGCCGCUGACUGUGGAGCUGACGGAGGCCAAGCUACACUACGGCCUCGGAGAGACGGAUACACUGUUAAAGAUGCUGUCCCCGAGGACCAGAGAAGAGCAGCAGCCACCCACCUCUGCAGCUACCAAACAGCAGCUGUAUGAUAGACACCGCAGGAGUAUUGAGGGUAUGAGGCAGGAGAGGGAGGAACGUCUCCAGACUUCCCGGAGAGCUCGUAGUCUGAGUCCCAGUAAACAUCCUCGCUCCUCUGCACAAGAAGCUGUUCCCUCGCCAAAGGUGUCUGCGGCCAUGCCCAGCCGGCGUAAAGAGUACCUGCAACAUCUCCGCCGAGAGGUGAUAGACGGCUCCAGAAUACCAGACCCCCCACGAGGAGAGGGUCAGUGUCCGUCUGACAUCGAGCAGCUGUUGCGCGAGUACGGCCGAGCCCGGGAGGAGGCCAGGACGGAGAUUGCGAAGGCGCGUGAAAGACUGCGAGAAAGGACCGAGCAGGAGAAGAGGAGACUUCAGCAGCAGGCCAUGUCUCAGGAAGUCAAGGAUGACCUGAGGCAUCGAACCAGGAUCAGUAACAGCACGUUGUGCACAGGAUCCAGCCUGAGUCUUUCCUCUGGACCAACAUCAGGGUACAACAGCGGCAACACUGCUCAGCUGCAGCACGGCAACAGACCAACUCUGACUGCACAGGUCACAGCGUUCCAGGAUGAAGAGCUGAAGGUCAGGACACGUCCUCCUAUAUGUGGUCCUCAGAGUGUGAAGUCACAGAGAGCCUGGCUGUCGGCCCAUGAUGUCCGUCUCGAGCCUCCAGUCACCGUGUUCGAGCCCCUGAUGGCUUCGUCUCCAUCGCCCAUGACCUGUACACGUCAACGCACCGCCUCCUUUGGCUCCUCCUCCUCCAUAUCCACAACCUAUCAGGACAUCACAUCUACUCUGCUGGGUCGAGCUCUGGCUGAGGUGCGACUAGCUUCCUCUGGGGAUUUGAGCAACCUGGUAAUGGGCAAGGCCACAGCAGGCUGGAGAUACCAGGGAGAAGAACGAGGUAUCCAGACUUACUACAAGCCCUCCUCCAGCCCGUCCGUCCACGGCUUCCUCGGGGCCGGGGAGCUGGACAGACCUGUGGACAGUCUUUGGAACAUAAUCUGCCAGCUGUCCAGGAGCCACAUGUACAAUCAGUCAGUCCGUUCUGUCUGGACACGACCACUAGAUGACAGCACUCAGCUGGUUUACAUACUAACAGAUCCAUCCACCUGCCACCUCAGCCAGCCGCGGGACUUCUGCUGCAUCAGCACCGAGUCCAAACAGGGCGGCUUGUGCGUGCUGGCAAUGCAGUCCGUGUUCGAGGAGUCUCUGCCUCGUCCCAGCGUGGAUGCUGUCCGAGGGGAGAUGAUGCCCAGCUGCUGGGUCCUGCAGCCAAUUAGACGCAAUGGACAUGAAGCCACCAGGGUCGUCUACCUGCUACAGGUGGACCUGGGAACUCCAUCCUUCCCUCACCGACUGUUGAACACUGUUGCCAGGAGACAGGCAGCUGUCAUCGCUGAUCUUGACGUUUUUCUCGCCAAAUCCGCAGGACUCAUGAAGACGCAUUAGCAGUGAGCACUUAGACUAAACUGUCUCCAGCACGCAGUCAGUCUGUCUUUUAAAUUUGCACCUGAAAUUUAUUUACUUGACUUUUUUAUUUUUAUUCCCAAGAGCACUGUUAUAUUGUUUCCCAGUUACAAAGUUGAAGCAGCUUUUUUUAAUAUAUAUAUAUAUGAAGGUAUUUUUUUAUAGAAUAUUGAAACUGUAUUUUUAUAUUGCUGAUGUACAUGAAUGCUUGUAACAAUCAUAAUCCUAUUUUACCAAAGAUUGACAUGGCACAUUUAGUGUAUCAAGUUUAGGUUUAGGCAGCUUGAUGAUUAAUUAUCUAAGGCCACAAAGUUCCCCACCUUGUCGAGUAAUUCAUGGGAUAAAAUAGGUUAACCAUAACCUAAUAAGUAUAAGCCAUUUAACUUUCUUAAAUUGAAUGUAUGAAUGAAAAA